AUGCACGUCGGACAACAAAGUUAUACGAGUUCCAAGCAGGAAGUGACGUCUCACUCGCCUGAACAUAUACGGCACGGCGUGAACUCAGUUCUAUUAUGUCUUAACUCUAUAGUGCUCGCGGCAGAGACUACGGAGCUCUCAAGCCGUGCUACUCUCGCUGUUCCCGCACCUACUAAACUUCCAAAGUGCGACCGCACGUUCGUGAGCCGCGGCGGCGCGAGCAAUGGCACCUUCCACGCACCGGAGUUGGUAAACCCCAACAAUCGGAGCCGCCAGUGCCUGUACACGUUUCUGGCAGCGCCAGGCCAGCGGGUUCUCGUUCAGCUACGCACGUUCGAUCUACGGGGAAAGCCUCCGGAUGGAGCCGCAGUGGGGGAGCUUCCAGCAUGCAUGCACGAGUAUAUGGAUAUAUACUCGGAAGUGGCGUCGUUGGAGGCCGGCGAGCUCGUCAACUCGGCGUUUGGCGGGCGCUACUGCGGCCCGAUACCGCCACGCCGCCGCGUCUCGCUACACCGCGCCGUCGCGCUCUCCUUCUACACAGACAAACCGUACACCGCUCCAACGCUCUUUACAGGAACCUACCACUUCAUCAAUGCAUCGGAGUACGAAGUGGGCACCCCUGUGCCGAACACAUUGUGCUCAUUCGAAAUAGAGGAGAGCAAGCGCAAGACGGGGCUGCUGCUGUCACCGACCUACCCAGGAAUCUAUCCCAAGGACAUGACAUGCAACUAUCUGUUUACCGGAAAACCAGGACAGAGGAUACGGCUAGAGUUCCGAGACUUCGAUCUAUUUUUUGGAGGUCCUCAUUGUCCUUUCGACUGGGUGCGCGUGUACGACGGGCCCGACAACACGUCGGCAGUGAUCGGCACAUACUGCGGCCAGCAGCGAAAUCUCGUGCUCUAUUCCAGCGACGAACGACUUUUGGUCACUUUCUACACGCUCCCUCGCGCGGCUAACACGCAAAAUCGUGGUUUUAAGGGUAUUUUCGAGUUCUCUGAGAGUUUUGUUAAGUUAGAUUUUAUAAGUAAACACGACGCCGAGCACAUUAGGGGCUCUGAGUGUGAUCAGAAGAUUCUAAGUAAAAAGGAAUCAACGGGUUUCGUGUACCAUCCAAAUUAUCCAUUCCCCUAUAUACCUAAAGUUGUUUGUAGAUAUUUUAUAUACGGUAUGCAAGAUUCGCAAAAUUUGGAGAGGGUUCGAUUAGAAUUUCAAAACUUUUCUAUACCGAAAGGAGAUAAUCCAAAACCAGAUUCGUGUCCAGAAGGCUACUUAAAGGUGUACCUCCGUGGUCAGGAAACGACAGACUCGUACGAUAAGCAUGACGCGGAGCUCUGCGGCGAAGGCACCAGUGUGCCGGAACUUUUCCCACCGCCGUUGCUGUCUGACGGGCCAAGGCUUGUUAUGGUGUUUAGCUCCGGAGAGUUGCAAGGAAGAGGUUUCAAGGCGAAAUAUACUUUCGAGACUGAAUAUCGAGUGCCAGGAACUGCAGCACCGGGCGGUGAAUGUGCGUUCACAUAUCGCUCUGAGGCGAAGAAGCGUGGAGAGUUGAACUCUCCUCGGUACCCGUCUAACUACCCGUCGCGAAUGAACUGCACUUACACCUUGGCAGCAGCGCCGAACGAACAAGUCACUGUUGUGUUUGACCACUUCAAGGUGCGAGCUGAUGCAUGGAAUGCUACAGCUGGCCUCUACGGUGGAACGACAUGUAGCGAGGAUUGGGUGGAAGCGUGGUGGGUGGGGCGCGAAGGGACCCGCGUGCCACUGGGACGUUGGUGUGGGCUCGCAACGCCAGGGCCUCUGCACUCGCCCCGCGGUGCCAGCGGCCUCGUGCUGGCCUUACACACCGAUGUCGAGGCUGUCGCAUCUGGAUUCAAAGCUAGAUAUGUAUUUGAGCCCGCGAAGUCGAUAUUCGGUGACUGCGGCGGCAAUAUGUCUGGUGCGGAGUGGGGCGUCAUCACGUCCCCGCGCUACCCUCUCACGUACGAAGCGCCCGUGCGCGGCGCGGCGUCCAGGGUCUGUAACUGGUUCGUGACUGCACGACCUGGGAAGAGAAUAUUGCUCAAUUUCGAAUAUUUCGCUGUUGAAGGACAUCUUACGGAGCGUGGAUGUCCAGCAGCAGUAUUACGAUUAUGGUACGAGAGUCCUGGCCCUCCGCUGGAGCUGUGCGGCGAGAAAGCGCCCACCGACCGUUGGCAGUACCUCUCCUCAUCCAACUCGAUAAGACUAUCGUUUAUAAUAGCGGAUAAGUCAGUGGGCGCGGGCGGGUGGCGCGCCGUGUGGACGGAGGUGACGCUGGCGGAGCGCUCGGGCGCGGACGGCGCGGUGUGCGGCGCCGACGGGCCCGCGUGCGGCGCGGCCUGCCUGCCGCCCGCCGCCGCCUGCUCCGGCCUGCAGCACUGCGCGCUCAUGCCCGCGCGCAAGCCCGACCACUUUUUGGUGAACCCCCGAGUUCCAUCAGUUAGUGUAGUUGGGCCCCGUGAAGGCCGCCCUGGGCCCCGUGGGUCUGACGCGGCGGUGUGCGCAGGCGGCGCGGCGUCUACGCGGGCCGCGGCGCGCGCCGCUCUGGUCGCCCUCUCGCUUGUGCUCGCCGCCCCGCACUGA